AUGUCUCACAUUGUUAAAAACAACCCUUCCCCCGGUACCGGCGGCGACGAGUUUGAAGAAUACAAACUCCCACAACUACAAGGCGUCGACGCGUGGUACGGAUAUCCCGACGGCGUGCAAGACCUUCGUGGUCUUCGACUCCGAUACAAUACGAAGGACUUGGUCCAAUAUGGCACAGCUAACGGUAGUCCUGAUGCAAGCUAUGACUUUGAGAAUGGCGAGAAAGUCACUUCUAUGGACAUUUGGGGCAACGAAGAGUCCGUUUCUGGAAUAUCUGGUGGCUUUGUCACUGGAAUAGAAUUCAACACCAGUCAACACCAGAAUGUUUUGCUUGGAGAUAAUUCCCAUGGAUCCAAACCAAAGCAUCAGACUGUCGGGAAUGGCGUGUGUGUCGGGUUUGCUGGACGAGCUGGUUCGGACAUUGACGCUCUUGGAGGAGUUUUCUCUAACUAG